UUGUCACGCUGCAUUAUGAUCUUUCGAGACUGAUUGAUUUCAAAACUCAAAGGGGUUUCGAGUUUCAGAGCGUCUCUUGGCUAGAGAUGAAUCCGGAUUCGGACUACGGCAUGUCUACAGUGAGCUGUGGAAACGGGAAGCUCCGUUCGUGGCUGAUCGAGCAGGUUGACACCGGGAAGUACGCAGGCCUCGUGUGGGAGAACGACGACAAGAGCAUCUUCAGGAUACCGUGGAAGCACGCAGGCAAGCAGGACUACAACCGGGACGAGGAUGCCGCUCUCUUCAAGGCUUGGGCGCUGUUUAAGGGCAAGUUUCGCGAGGGCAUCGACAAACCUGACCCGCCAACGUGGAAGACGCGCCUGCGGUGCGCACUCAACAAAAGUAACGACUUCGAAGAGCUCGUGGAAAAGAGUCAACUGGACAUCUCAGACCCCUACAAAGUCUACCGGAUCAUACCCGAGGGCGCCAAGAGACAUUUCUUGCUAUCAGGAUCCAAACAAGAGGAUGGUGGAAGCCCGCAGACUCCCCCGAGCUAUCCCAUGCACCCCUCCUACCCCGCCCUACAGACUCAGAUGUCUGGGUACAUGUCCAGUGCAGAGCGAGGCUGGAUGAGGGACUAUCUUCCAGAGCAGACCUCGCUCCCUGAGCUGCCCUAUGCCCAGUGUUCCUACCCCUCACGCAGCCUACCCUGGGCCCAGGGCCCCAGCAUGGACAACGGGUACCAGAUCACAGGGUCCUUCUACACCUACCCUACUGAUGGCCAGCCCUCCCCCUUCACACUGGACACCAGCAUGAGAUCAGCCGAGGCACUCUCAGAUAUGCGGUUACAUGUGUCAGUGUUCUACCGGGACUCAUUGUGGAGGGAGGUGACCACCUCUAGUCCUGAAGGCUGUCGCAUCACUCCCUGCUCCCCAGAUGACAAGCUCUAUUCCCCCACUGGAGGUCCAGACCUGGUGCCCCUACCCCUGGACAGCCUCCCAGCCCUGGGGAGGGGGGAGGAGUGCCCCCCCAGCCCCCCUGGUGGUACCCUGGAGAGGGGCGUGCUGCUAUGGAUGGCCCCAGAUGGCCUCUACGCUCGGCGGCUGUGCCAGGAGAGAGUGUUCUGGGAGGGAGGGUUAUCGCCCUACGGAGAUAAACCCAACAAACUGGAGAGAGAACACACCUGUAAACUACUGCAUACACAGGACUACUUUGCAGAGCUGCAGGGCUAUGCCCUCCACGGCCGGCCCUCUCCACGUCUCCAGGUGCUGCUGAGUUUUGGAGACGAGUGUCUGGACCCACAGAGACAGAGGAGGACCCUCACUGUACAGGUGGAGCCCAUGUUUGCCAGGCAACUCCUAUGCUACACCCAGCACCAGCAGACCAGCGGACACUACUACCGCAGCUACGACCUCUCCCUCCCAGGGGUCACGGAACACAGCAUGACACCUGCUUUAACCGAGGACUACCAGAGGGUCAUCACGCAUCACCAUAGCAACACCCUGCAGGACUGACAUAAUUGGCCAGCUCUGAUCACAGUCAGACUGCGGUGCAGGAUAUGGGGAGAGGAGGAGAUGGGAGAAAGCCUGGGGAGAUGAGGAGAGUCGUUUCCCAGAACUCUGGAUCCCAGAUUUCACUCAAAGCCGAAGCAGAACUAUGUCAUUCCAAUCCAAGACAAACUGAACCAAGCCAGGUUGAACUGAACUAAGCCAGACUGAACUGAACGUAGCCAGGCCAGACUGAACCAAGCCAGGCCAGACCGAAUUGAACCAAGCCAGGCUAUGGAGGAACAUACCCCGGGACCACUGAAGAGAUUGUAACAGAUAGUUGUACAUUGUAGAUUUGUUUGUGUGCUGUAAGGACUCAAGGGAAUCAAUGUUCCAAAUUUUCUUUGGAACAAACUUGAUUUCAACAACUCAGGGAGCCGUCCUUUGGCCGUAGAGACUCAAACUUGAUUGACAUUUUGUGUUUCAACGUCCACUUUCUGACAGCAAAAGAACUGACAGCUGUAGUGAUUGUAUUGACAUUUUUAUGUGCUUAAUUGUGUUUGCUCAAUUUCUUCUGUAACUAUGUUAGACAUUUUACCUGACUACUGUUGCUACUACUGUAUGUAGAUUUCCCAGCAUCAAUACUGAAUAAUAGGGAAUACUGUAAUAGAGAUGACCAAAGACGGCCUCUGAUAUUGAACCACACUGAAACACUGACUAGCAUGCUGAAUCUUCAAUAAACUCAGUGAGAUUGAACCACAUUGAAACACUGACUAGCAUGCUGAAUCUUCGAUAAACUCAGUGAGAUUGAACAACACUGAAACACUGACUAGCAUGCUGAAUCUUCGAUAAACUCAGUGAGAUUGGACCACACUGAAACACUGACUAGCAUGCUGAAUCUUCGAUAAACUUAGUGAGAUUGGACAACACUGAAACACUGACUAGCAUGCUGAAUCUUCGAUAAACUCAGUGAGAUUGAACCACACAGAAACACUGACUAGCAUGCUGAAUCUUCAAUAAACUCAGU